UUUCUUGGGGAUAAGAGUACACGGCCUACGACAACGAGACCAUGUUGCGACCCUCUGUCAACACCCUAUCGGGAGGUAGUAUUGCUUCUUCCGUUUCCCGAAGUGUGUUUCCUGGAGUAUGCGCUGCUGGUAAUCGGUUAGAGAGGAGUAGGACCGCGGGGGAUGUUGGCUGCAGACGCGGGAUGAUGAUGGCAGCCAAGGCAGGCAAGAUCAAGAAGGGGCGGUCGGGGAAGGUCCUGGACAAGAAGACCAUGACUCUCCUGAAGCUGCUUGAUGCACGACCUGAGCCGAUGCCGGAACUCUCGGCGGAAGAAAAGCAGCGAAAUUUCGAGAUCGGGCGGCGAUACAACAGCAAGAUGGCCACGAGCCACAACGAGAGGAUGGCGGACCUGACGAUGAAGAUCAAGCUGAGGGACGACGCGAUCGCGCACCUGCCGGAGCUCCUGCAGCACGCGGCGAGACAGCCCGACAGGAACCCGCCGCCGCUUAACCGGAGGGUGGCCACCUACACCCCGCCCAUCCCCGGGUUUGACAAGAAAGACUACGGCCUCUCGGACGACGAGGACGCGGAAGCGCAGCUGAAUCGCUUCCGGGACGGUUAUUGAGUGUUUUUGUUUCUGUUCGUUUAUGUCCCUCUGUGUAGUCGCUGCUUGCUGUUUGGGUGGAGAGAAGUCAACAGCAGUUGUCGCUCGGAAUGCCUUUGGCUCGACGCAGCCACUGGAUGGAUUCCCAUCACACGUGGGACCGGCUCUCGGGGAGGAGGAUCGCAUGUUGCAAGAGCUCCGGAAACGGUGCGGCACUGCUUGCCAUAGUGCGUUGUCCGCUCACCUGGGAUAAGAAAAACGGGAUUAGAAAAACGGGAUCGCUGUUUUUAGCCCGGGGUUCUUCGCCCGCCCGAAGUGUCUUGAGUUUUGUUGCCUUGUAGCUGCUGUGGGACGACGUUGUGUUCGGACAACAAUAUCGCCAGCGCCCGACGUUUGGCUGCUGUCAUGGACAAGAGAAUGGGCAUUCUGUACGUGCCCCUUUUGAGCUGGCUUGAAGCUUGGCGUCGCGAGAUAGUGCCGCUACCGGUAAAAAAACGCCACGUCUGCUUUGAUAAAAAAGAAGUAACACCGCCGUGGAUGAUGUCACACGUCAACCAGGGAUGAUUGGCCAAUUCGGAAAUUUCCUUUCAAAAAAGUUGGCCAAUCAGAAAGCUGCGGGCAUCUUUUCUUUCUCUCUACCCUCAAGUUGCGAGUGAGUGCACUUCUUUUCGACGGAUUGGUAUAUCGUUCGUUUUUCCUUUCUCAAGGGAAUGUUGGUGUAGAACAAAUGUGAAUGCUCACCUCUCGCUUUUUUCUUUCCUACUGUGAGUACGUUUACAUC